AUGAGCAGCCUCCCCGCCGACCGGGAGGGCGGCCCCGCCGACACCGGCCUGCCCGAGGAGGAGGUGAGGACGCUCUUUGUCAGCGGGUUGCCUUUGGACAUCAAGCCCCGGGAACUUUACCUGCUCUUCAGGCCCUUUAAGGGGUACGAAGGAUCUCUCAUCAAACUCACCUCCAAACAGCCCGUGGGCUUCGUCAGCUUCGACAGCCGCUCCGAGGCGGAGGCGGCGAAGAACGCGUUGAACGGCAUCCGCUUCGACCCCGAGAUCCCCCAGACGCUGCGGCUGGAGUUCGCCAAGGCGAACACCAAGAUGGCCAAAAGCAAGCUGGUGGGCACCCCCAACCCCAGCACGCCUCUCCCCACCGCCGUACCUCAGUUCAUCACCCGGGAGCCCUAUGAGCUCACAGUGCCUGCACUUUACCCCAGUAGCCCUGAAGUGUGGGGGCCAUACCCUCUGUACCCAGCGGAGUUAGCACCUGCUCUACCUCCUCCUGCUUUCACCUAUCCCGCUUCGCUGCACGCCCAGAUGCGCUGGCUCCCUCCUUCCGAGGCUGGUUCUCAGGGCUGGAAGUCCCGUCAGUUCUGCUGAAUGCCGGGUCUCAGGUGUGUGAUGGUGGCCUACAGUCAGUCUUGUGGGUAUUAACGGAGUCUUCCAAGGCGGCUACUGGGUUGGCGUGCUCUCCGCAUAACCACAGUGUGCUGGUAAGGCUGCAGCGGGGCGCCCGGCUGGGCCAGGGGGAUGCGGCCCCUUGGGCUUUGCUGCUUUGGGGAGGGGGUAGAGGGGUGAGGAAGGCAACGCGAUGUCCCCGAGGAAAUGGGCAGCGAGGCGGGCACGUCCCUGGGAUUGAUCCCUGCAGGGUGGCAUCGCAGCUCCCGCUACGGCACGGCACGGUGCCUCUAGCACCGAACCACGGCUCUGCCAUUCCCGCGUUUAUCCUUGUUAUCUGGGGCGAGAGUUUCGACAGCCGAGGAAUGCCUCUCGGCUUUGAAUUACCCCCGGUAAUCUCAUCUCGCUGCGGUCCUCGCUUCCUGCCUUGGAUCAACAGAGACUGAAUUCCUCUUAAGUGCAAAAUUCAAUGCAAAUUUAACUCUCAGCUUCCCAGCUGGUGCCUCUUCAAGUUAAAACCCCAGGGGCCACAGUCAUCGGGAGGAGCAAACUGGGACCAGUGGGGUCCUUCCCCUCUGCCUGGCCAACCGACCCUGGGGUACUGACAGCCCCGGCUCUCCACGCAGGCAUUUCCCACCUUGCCCUUUCCCGGUUAAACAACUGUCCUUGGAGCGUGGUCCCGGCCUGGGCUGCUCUCCCUUCCUCGCCCCGUUUCCAAAACAAGCCUCCCUCUCCCCCAGGCUGCGGCACAGGAGCUUCCCCACGAAGUAAGAGAGAUAAACCACAGCCCCUUUUCCACUUUGCCUCAGCCCAAGAUUACAGCAGCUUUUUUUUUCUUUUUUUUUUUUUUU